AUGAACUCCCCAAAAGGGCCUGGCCUGCCAGCAGGGAUGCUGAUGGGGGGAGCCUCUCCCAGCGCUGAGGAUGGCUUCUUCCCCUUCGUGAUGGAGCGGCGGGGCUCAUUCCUGGGAUGUGGUCCUGGGCCGGAGGAGCCUGAGGACCUGGCCCUGCAGCUGCAGCAGAAGGAGAAGGACCUGCUGCUGGCGGCCGAGCUGGGCAAGAUGCUUUUGGAGCGCAGCGAGGAGCUGCAGCGACAGCUGGAAGUCCUGAACGCUCAACACACUGAACGAGAGGAAAAGCUGCAGCAAGAGAACCAUGAGCUGCGCCGGGGGCUGGAAGCCCGGGGAGCCGAGUGGGAGGCACGGGCCGUGGAGCUGGAGGGGGACGUGGAGGCACUGCGCGCCCAGUUGGGGGAGCAGCGCUCGGAGCAGCAGGACAGUGGGCGCAAGCGGGCCCGGGCACUCGGGGAGCUCAGUGAGCAGAACCUCCGGCUCAGCCAGCAGCUGGCCCAGGCCUCCCAGGCAGAGCAAGAGCUGCGGCAGGAGCUGGACAGCCUUCGGGUACAGUGCCAGACUCAGGACCUCGCCAGGGCGGAGUUGAGGACACAGCUAGAGAGUCUCCAGGGGGAGAACCAGAUGCUGCAGAGCCGUCGGCAGGACCUGGAGGCGCAAACCCGCGGUCUGCAUGAGGAGGUGGAGCGGGGCCAGGGCCGGCUGCGGGCAGCGCAGGAGGAGCUGAUGCUGCUCCGGAGGGAGAAACGCGAGCAAGGCCUGGAGUUGGACCGAGCUCGCUCCGAGGCCAGCGAGGCUCUGAGCGCCCUGCGGAGGCUGCAGCAGCGGGUCUCGGAGCUGGAGGAGGAGUCGCGCCUCCAGGAAGCUGACGUCUCAGGGGCUUCGCUGCAGUCAGAACUUGCCCACAGCCUGGACGGCGAGGGGGACCAGUCCCCCCACACGGGAGGCGAGAACCCCCCGGUAAGCGCAAGGCCCGUCCCACCAGCUCCUGCCCCGACUCCUCUUCCACCACAGGAGAGCUUGGAGCCCCCCAAGAAGCGAGCACCCCUGAGCACUGCGGAGAUGCUGGAAGAGAAGGAGGUGGAGGUGGCCCUGCUGCAGGAUGAGAUCUUUGUGCAGCGGACAGAACUCCAGUCCCUGAGGGAGGAGCUGCAAAGGCAGAAGGAGCUGCGCGCGAUGGAGGACCCCGAGGCGGCGCUAAACAGGGCCCUCUCGGACCGGGACGAGGCAGUGAACAAGGCCCUGGAGCUGACCCUGGAGCUGAGCCGAGUCUCCCUGGAGCGGGAUUCCCUGUCCCGGGAGCUGCUACGCGUCAUCCGCCAGAAGGUGGCGCUGACUCAAGAGCUGGAGGCCUGGCAGGACGACAUGCAGGUGGUCAUCCGGCAGCAGCUGCUCUCCCAGCGCCAGAAGGAGCAGAGCGCCACCGGGCCCUCGCUCCGCCGCGCCGCACCCCGCUUCUCGCUGCGCCUGGGCACGGGACCGGGGCGCAGCUUCCUCAGCAGCCUCUUCCGAAGGACCUGA